AUGUCAUCCGGAAGCCACUAUACGCGGCGAGAGAUUCGCCAGCUCGCAUUCAUUUCCGAAUUUACCACCGACAUCCGUCAUGUGAGCGGUUGCGACAACACCGUAGCGGUCGCACUUAGCCGCAUCGGCAACUUGUCCCCCAGCACCCCUCCUUCAGCUGGCCUCCACUUCUCUCUGGACACCCUUGUGGAAUUUCAACGUGCUGACGCUGAAUUAGCACGGCUUCGUCUUGACGUCGGUUCCGCCCUGCGCCUUGAAGACGCGCUCCUUCCCGGCGCCGCUAAGACACUCGUCUGCGAUGUUUCCCAUAGGCAGCCACGACCAUAUUCGUCCCUGCUGCUCUGCGCAGCCAAGUUUUUGACGCGUUGCAUGUCCUUGCUCGCCCCGACAUCCGCGCAACCCAAAAACGCGCUACGUUUGGCAUCGUAUGAAAGCUCAAUUCAAGCACUGGACCCGCUGCUGUCAGCCUUGCCAGCGGGCAAGAUUCAUCGGCAUACUCACACUCCCAUCAGUACCUUCCUUCCGCCCGACGUGCAGUUUGAUAAAAUUCACCUCGACCUGGUCGGUCCAUUGCCACCUUCUCAAGGCCACCGCAUUCUACUCACCGUUGUCGACCGUUAUACUCGCUGGCCGAGGCCGCCCUGA